GCCCUCUAUUGCUAGCUCUAGCAACAUCCAUCCCAACGUGAUUCUGCAUGUUUUGGAGAAAGAGGUGAAGGGGCCAUCACACAGUAAAGAAAAUAUCUCUUUGACUUUAUAAAUGAUUUUAAAUCAAUCACAAGAAUCAUGAGUUCGAUCGGCACUGGGUAUGACCUGUCAGCGUCACAGUUCUCUCCAGAUGGGAGAGUGUUUCAGGUGGAAUAUGCGAUCAAAGCCGUUGAGAACAGCGGAACGGCAAUCGGUCUGCGCUGUAAGGACGGUGUAGUCUUUGGAGUGGAGAAACUGGUCACGUCCAAGCUGUACGAGAUGGGAUCCAACAAGAGAAUAUUCAAUGCUGAUAGACACGUUGGAGUGGCUGUUGCAGGACUCCUUGCAGAUGCCAGGCAGCUUGUUGAGACAGCCAGGGACGAGGCAUCAGACUACAGAGCAUCAUACGGAGGACCCAUCCCACUCAAGUAUUUAGCAGAGAGAGUGGCUAUGUAUGCACAUACUUACACCUUGUACAGUGCUGUGCGGCCGUUUGGUUGUAGUAUUCUGUUGGGGUCAUACCAAGAAAACACACCUCAGAUGUACAUGAUCGAUCCAUCUGGAGUAACCUGGGGCUACCAUGGCUGCGCAAUAGGCAAAGCCAAGCAGGCAGCUAAGACGGAGAUAGAGAAACUCCUAACCAUAGACAAACACGUCAAAGACAUGUCGUGCAGGGAGGCAGUCAAAGAGGUUGCCAAAAUCAUUCACAUUGUACACGACGAAAUCAAAGACAAGAGUUUUGAGCUGGAGCUGAGCUGGGUCGGUGAGAUGACCAACGGUCGACACGAGUUCGUCCCGGAAGAUGUGGCUCAAGAAGCCUUCAAAUUUGGAAAGGAUUCAUUAGAGGAGUCAUCCAGCUCUGAAGAUGAAGACAUUUAGGAGACGAUGUUAGACAUCAUGCAAUUUUCCAUAAUCAGAGAGCUCUCUUCUCCCUUGGGUUUCAGUGGAACUCUUA